GAUGCCGUCAGUGACGUCCUUCACUCCGUCUGGUGCCCGGGGAGGACUUUGGCGUGGCCCCACUGUCCAGUCUGUGGGACGGGGUCCCCGGGCCCAGGCCAAUGGGGCGGGCGGGCCUGGCUCACAGGGGUCCGCGCUGCUCCGAGGGAACCUGGUAAGAGCAGGGGUUAGUUCAGGGCCUGCGUCUGGGGGCCUCUGGGCCAGGGCAGCGGGAGGACUACAUUUCCCAGACUCCUCCAGUCCCGGGGAGUGAGCCAUUGGAAGAUUUAAAUAGCCCAGGCCCCUGAGGCAGCGAGGCCGCAGCUGUGGACUCGUCCGCCUCCCCGGUGGCUCCAUUGGCGCUGGCCCGCAUCGGUGGGCUCGAUUGGCCGCGCAGCUGGCACUGACGUCCCCGUGGAGCCCGGUGGCAGCUGGAGGUAAACAGCCAUGUGCAAUCCUGCACUCUAUAUUUAACAGCUGCUGCGGAGAAGGCAGGGAGGCAGGGAGUGGUGGCGGGAUCCCCGGGCGGCUCCCGUCUUCGGGGAGAAGGCCUCCCAGCCCGGCUGGCACCGGCCCUCGUGGCGCGAGGCGUCACCAUGCCAGCCUCCCAGAGCCGCGCCCGGGCCCGGGACCGCAACAACGUCCUCAACAGAGCCGAGUUCCUGUCCCUGAACCAGCCCCCCAAGGGCGCCCCGGAGCCCCGCAGCUCGGGCAGGAAGGCCCCGGGCCCCUCGGCGCAGCCCCCGUCCCCUGGCGAUGGGGCCCGCGAGAGGCGCCAGUCACAGCAGCUGCCCGAGGAGGACUGCAUGCAGCUGAACCCCUCCUUCAAGGGCAUUGCCUUCAACUCCCUGCUGGCCAUUGACAUCUGCAUGUCCAAGCGGCUGGGGGUGUGUGCCGGCCGGGCCGCGUCCUGGGCCAGCGCCCGCUCCAUGGUCAAGCUCAUUGGCAUCACGGGCCACGGCAUCCCCUGGAUCGGGGGUACCAUCCUCUGCCUGGUGAAGAGCAGCACACUGGCCGGCCAGGAGGUGCUCAUGAACCUGCUCCUGGCUCUGCUCCUGGACAUCAUGACGGUGGCCGGCGUGCAGAAACUCAUCAAGCGCCGCGGCCCGUUCGAGACGAACCCCAGCCUCCUGGACUACCUCACCAUGGACGUGUACGCCUUCCCCGCUGGGCACGCCAGCCGCGCGGCCAUGGUGUCCAAGUUCUUCCUCAGCCACCUGGUGCUGGCCGUGCCCCUGCGCGUCCUGCUGGUACUCUGGGCCUUCUGCGUGGGCCUGUCGCGCGUGAUGAUCGGACGCCACCACAUCACGGACGUCAUCUCGGGCUUCGUCAUCGGCUACUUCCAGUUCCGCCUGGUGGAGCUGGUCUGGAUGUCCUCCAACACCUGCCAGAUGCUCAUCUCCGCCUGGUGAGCCGCCUGCUCGGGGCUCCGGGAGCCGAGAGAGGAGGCAGGCGCGGCGGCCGACCGGCGGCCUCACGUCCCCCGUCGCGGUUGGAGGCUGGCGACCGCGGCCGGGCCGCCGGGAGGCUCGGUGCGGCCGGCAGGGGCGGGUGCUCUCUGCCCCUUGGCCUGGACCGCGCGUGUCCUCUCUGGGCCACGCUUUGCUUCCGCCACGGAGAAGGCAGGCGAGAACUAAAGGUGGCGGGAGCGGGGCCGGGUCUUGUCCGUCCCUCAGUCGCCGUCACGACCGCUGAGUGCUUGGCUGUGCCCGCCGUGCCCACAGCACGAUGCCUGGCAGAGCGCCCCCCCCACCCCCCGCCCAGCACAGGUGCCACUGCCAUUAACGGUCAUCGGUAGCUCAGGGCAGCACUUUCCGAAGGGCGCCCUGCCGGAAGCCAGCCUGCAAGUCGCUUUGGGAAGGAAAAGGGUUUUGUGGUCAAAUAAACUUGGGCAAUGGCGCGCACCGUGCCCCCGUGCCGGACGUUCACGAGGGCCGUUGUCGCCACAAAGGCUCUGACACGUCCUGUGCAAAUGCUUCCUGUCAAACUCCGUGUGUCCUCAGCGCAUUUGACCACAGACCCCUUUUCUCGAGGAACAGCUACUAACCCCCAAAGAACCGCCGUCUCCUCAAGCGCGUUUUGGGAGAGGCCGCCCGGGAGCCGGAGGGCCUGAGGCACGCGUGGGCCUCUCCCAGCGCCUGCGCAGAGCUCACGGCCGCGGGCAUCGGUGCCGCUUUGGCCCCCAGGGGCCGGACUCCAUGUGACCUGAUAGGUCGUUUCCAAGUACCCAUCAUGGAUGUGCAUUUCAUGUGACAAUACAAGGCGAUAUGCAGCGGACCCCUCUCCUGCGUGCUCUCUCCUCGUGUGAUGCAAGUUUCCAGGCAGGAGGGUCUCUGUUGACACAAAAGGGUGGGAUGUCUUCAGCCCCGGAUGGGCCGUGGUGUCAGGUGGUCAGAGGUUAAGGGGCUCCUAGAUUUUUCCGGGCUGGUUGGUCGUUCUCCCUGAGGUCACGAUGCGGGGGCUCGAACU